CAGCCCUCACCAUGGCCAAAACAAAGUCCUCCGCUCCAGCGCAGCCCGCGCCAUCAGGUCUAGGCAAAACAACCCUCAUCUUCGACAACGGCGCCCACACCAUAAAAUCCGGCCUCAGCACCCCAGGCACCGACCCCAACCUUUCAGACUGCCAUCUCAUCCCCAACUGCAUCGCGCGCUCCCAACGCGACAAAUUGACCUACAUCGGCUCGGACCUCGACACGUGUGGAGAUUUCGGGGAACUUGCGAUUCGGAGGCCUGUAGAGAAAGGUUUUGUCGUGAAUUGGGAGAGCGAGAAGGCGGUUUGGGAGAAGACGAUUUCUGAUUUGAAGGUUGAGGUUGAAGGGACGAAUUUUUUGCUUACGGAACAGUGUCAUGCGCCCGUGGCGUUGCAGAGGAUGGCGGAUGAGAUGGUGUUUGAGGAGUUUGGGUUUGGGGGGUUGUGGAGGGGGGUUGGGGCGGGUUUGAAUGCUUAUGCGCCGAGUGCGUUCGGGGAGAAGGAUGAGAGGGAGUUUGGGGCUCCGUUGGAGUGUUUGAUGGUGGUUGAUUCGGGACAUUCGCAGACGAGUGUUACGCCGCUUUAUCAUGGGCGACCGAUCCAGGUGGCUUGUAGGAGGUUGGAGAUUGGGGGCAAGACUUUGACGAAUCAUCUCAAGGAUUUGUUGUCGCGGCAGAUGGACAUGCAUCGUGAGGAGUGGAUUAGUCAGGAGAUUAAGGAGGAUACUUGUUAUGUUGUCAAGGAUUCUACGGAGUUUCAGGCACGGCUGGAAAGGGUUUGGAAAGGUGGACAGAAGGAUGCGAGGGAGAUUGAUGCUAGUAUUGUGGUUGAUUAUGUGCUGCCUGAUUAUGAGAAGUUGAAGCGUGGUUUCGCUAGGCCUCAUGACCCUUCGAAAGGUGCCAAGUUGAGGAGGCUCGGGAUCGGCGGGGAGACCGAGAUGGUGUUGCCGGUUGGUAAUGAGAGGUUUACUGUCCCGGAGAUUUUGUUCACGCCGAGCGAUAUCGGCAUGCAGCAGGAUGGCAUUGCUGGAACUGUGCUGCAGAGUCUCGAGGCUAUUCCAAAAGGCUUGUGGCAAGCUUUCCUGGCGAACAUCCUCGUCGUCGGCGGUACGAGCAAAUUGCCGGGGUUCGUUGAGCGCCUGGAAGCAGACUUGAGGAGCAGGAUCGAUGAUCAAUUCACGGUCAGAGUUGCUGCGCCCGAAGACCCAUUGAAAAAUGCCUGGCUUGGUGGUGCCAGACUGGCGCAGAACGAGGAUCUGUUGAAGAGCAUGGUUGUCACCCGUGCAGAGUAUAUGGAGCAUGGCGAUGGCUGGACCCGGCGGAAAUUUGCUGGCAAGGUUGGAAAAUGA